AUGCAAUCCCUCCUCCGAUGGGGUGUAGAAAACUCCAGUCCAAAUGAAGCCCCCCAACCCACCAAUAAACUCGAUCCCGGAAUCAUCGAUCACAUUCUCGGUAAACCAGAUGCCCAACUCAUGAAAGAAGCUCUUACAGUAGGGCUCGAUGAAAGGCAAGCUGAAGAUGAUAGAUUGCAGGCGCUUGAUGAUCUCGAGAUGCUAGUUCAGAAUAUUGAUAAUGCGAAUGACCUAGCGAAACUAGGGAUAUGGCAACCUCUACACAACCUCCUACUAGCAUCUACUACGAGCGACGCACUCAGAAUGCAAACCCUGUGGAUAAUCGGAACCGCGCUGCAAAACAACCCAGCUGCUCAACUCGCCUACUUCGACCUCGACCCUCUCCCCGCACUCCUCAAAUCCCUCUCCCCCUCGUCCAACUCCGCUGAGACCCGCUCACGAGCACUAUACGCGCUUUCUGGACUACUGAAACUGAAUGCUGCUGCUGUUCAAAAGAUGAGUGUGGUGGAGGGAUGGAGCGCGUUGAGGAUGUGCUUGGAAGACUCAGAAAUCCGUGUUCGCAGAAAAACAACAUUCCUGUUAAACACACUCCUCCUCCCAACCUCUUCCUCCUCCCAAGUCAAUCUUCAACCAAACAUCAGCCUCCCCACGUCAGAAAACGCACCACCCCCAAUCCACGCAAAUUCACAUGCUUCGAUGCUCUCUGAUCCAUCGUCAGUCUCUACGUCUGCUCUCACGCUCGCUGCGAUUCAGGAGGAGGGAGAGCAAGGGGGGUCUCUGCUCGAUGCGUUGAUAUCAGCCUUGAUCGAACCUGUCCCAUUCGGUGUUGAUGGCGAGAUAGAUAAAGAUGACCAAUUCCAGGAGAAUAUUGUUGGGAUUUUGUAUACAUUCGCGACGAGCUGCAACGGCGCUUUUUCAGCUGUACAGAAACGCAGUCUCUGGGGGUUCUUGGGAAGGCUUACUACGACGCAAGGAGAGGAGAACUUGAAUUUUGGAUUGACGAGUGGGGAGUGGGAGGAGUUGAGCGGGGCUGUGAGGUCAUAG